AUGGAGAGCAGCGAUGACCACUCGAGCGACCAGGAAGAUGGCAAAGACGGUUUUACGAUUCAAAAUCGUAGAAUAAGAAAAAAGAAGAAGAAGUCAAAAGGCAAGGACUCCACGCAGAACGCCGAGACCACCGAGAACGUCACCGAAGCCACCCAGGAAGUCGAGGAUUCCCAGAACAUCGGGGCCACCCAGGAAGUCGAAGACAUGGACGAAGACGUCCCAGGCGCCGAAGGCAGGGGCACUACCAAACGUCAGCGGUUUGAAGAGGAUGCCGCCAGCGAAGACGAGCUGACAAAGGCCAACGCAGAAAUCAACCGACUCAGAACCCUGAUGAAAGAAUUUGCAGCAAACGUUGAUGCAAACAACAAAAGAUACGAAGAUGUGAUCGCACAACAGAAGGCAGAGAUCAAAGAGCUGAAUACGGAGAUUCGACGAAUGAGCGAAAAGAUGGAUGCCAGAUUCGACGAGUUGAUAGCUCUCCAGAAACAACUCGCAAAGAAAUCGGAGAAGAAAAACCCCGAAAAGACGGACAAAAAGCCACCAAACUCUCCAAAAGUUACUGGACAAGUUCAGCGUAAUUCUGUGUUCGUAUAUUUCCAAGAAAGUCUUUAA